AUGGAAGCACAGGAAGUGCCAGAGAGGCGCCAGAGGAAGCCAGAGAAAGCGUACAACCUGCAGCAAUGCAGGAGAGACCAUUUUUCUUCGGGAGUUGUGGUACUUCACAUACGCAAACCCUAUGAAGAACCAGCCCGGUUGGCUAGACUUAGAAAACUGACCACAGAAGCAGGUGAGCCUGCUUCCCGCAGGCAAAACCAACCCUCUUCGUUUCGGAGAUGCUCAGAAGAUGCCUCCGACACGGAGCGACCGCCAGGUUCAGCCCCGAGCCCGACUGCUUGUGUGACACCCCCGCGCUGCCCGCAGCACCCGGGCAGGUGCUGCCUGCACGGGCUGGGGGGUCCGACCUGUCCGCACCCUUAUCCUACCCGCAGCCCGACCGACCGGACACUGCCGACCGCAUCCAUCCCGGAGCACCCCGUCCCGUCCGGGCCAACGUCGCGGGCUCUCCUCGCUCCGGCGGCGGCAGCGGAGCUGGUGCCCCCCAGACGUCCCCCCGAAGCGGGACCCCUCCGUACCGCMGGGGCCGGGACGUCCCCCGGGCCGUCCCCUCGGGCAGGUAGCGGCGACCGCGGCGCGGCGGGGACUGACCUGCGAGCCUCCGCUCCCGGACAUUCCUCCAUAGCAAGUCCCAGGCUUUGGCGGUGGAGUCCCGCAGCUGCUCGCUCAGCGACCUCCGGAGCUGCGCCUUGGCCGGGCGGCGCUGGCUGCUCAUCCUCGGCGUCUCCACAUGCCGCCCCGGGCAGCCCCGCUCAGCGCCGGCGGCCGCUCUCCUCGCCGGGGACGGGCGGCGGCGGCCACAUGGGGCCGCGGGGCAGCCCCGCCGCGCCGCAGCCGCGUCACCGCUGCCCCGGGCGGGCGGCCCUUCCUUUACCUGAGCGCCGCCCGCCCCGGCCCCGGGGCAGCGCUGCCGCCGCCAGCCUCCCUCCCUCGCCGCCCUCCGCCCUCCUUUCCCUCCCCCGUGCUUCGUCCCCCGCGGCGCGGGGAAGGUGCCCCGGGCUCUGGCUCGGCUCCCGCCCUGACCGGGACCCCGCGCCCCUCGGGCUCAGGCACCACCGACGGCCCGGGACCCCGCACGUCCCGCGGUCCCGUGCCUAA